AUAAAAGAAGAAGAAAGAAAAUGGGAUCCUAAGGUGAUGUUUAAACCUUAUCCAAUUUAUUUACUCGAUGCAGAAAAGGCUCCAAGAAAUAAUUGUCAGUAUUGA